AUGAAGGCGCUCUCAACUCUUCUUAUUGUUGCGGCAACAAUCACCCAUGUAUCUGCUGCACCAACAGCGGACCCGAAAAACCUCGUAUCAGAAUCGAGUCUCGAAGCGGAAUAUCACACAUCCUGCAACCAUGGCUUCGAAAAAGAGCGAGAGGACAAGGGGACCGUUGUGAUCCUGGCAGAGGCGAUUGUGUGA